GUAUUUCAAAAACAUGCCUGCUUCGAAGAAGUUGGUGAGAUGAUCGCAGAAGUGGAUAAGAAAGAUCAUGCAUUGGCCGAGAGAAUGCGAAAAGUGCUAGCUGCUAACUGUUCUCGACUCGAAGGACUUAGCCCAAACGCUGUUGAGUUUAGCAAGAAGGUUGGUCUGAUAAUCAUUCGACUGCUUCACCAGUUUCCUUAG